GAUGGUGUUCAUGCUAAAGUCAAUGGUGGUUAUGCUGAUGCGGGACCGCAGUCAGCAAACGGAACCAACGGGUUUGUGCAGCCACCGCCUGAGCAGCAGCAGCAACAGGCAGCAGCUGCCCCUCCGGCUUAUGCGGUAGUAGACAAGUCCAAAAAGAAAAACAAGGACAAGAAAAAUGGAAACGAGAAUAUUCCUGACUAUGCUGUCGUCGAUAAACCGAAAAAGAAGAAGAAGAAGGCAGAAGUGGAAGACCCUUACGCGGAAGUCGAGGAUCCUAGGCAGGUAAAAAAACGGUCACAGGCUUAGCGAUUUUCAUUCGAGGCCGAACAUCAGUUUUUUUGUUGUUGGUUCAGUAGUUCCACUUUGACGGAAGAUAUUACAAGCAGAACACCCACACAUUAUAUUACCUCCUCAUAACACCGCGGCAAAACGCACUGCGCAUGAGCACAAAAUUUAACAUCCUUUCAUCUUUUAUUUCCUGUCUAGUAUAUAAACCAAUUGCGUAAGCAUAACUUUGCCGUCGCGCCAAGCUUAAAAUCAAAAAGGGAGAAACAAACAAAAAAGGGGGCGAAAAAAAUCACUUAAUUCGAUAGCUGAUAUAUUUGUCUAGUGUCAAACUUUUGCACCACAUGGUUGUCUGUUUGCUGCACCAACAGUGAAAAUGAUGAUUGAAGUUCGUAGGUCGCUAGCGCUCGACGAGACGCGCGAAUUUGUUUUUACUGGCUUUCUUGCAUGCUACUGGUUUGGCAUAAGCUAAUUUGAGAGAAGGCGAUAACUAAGGAAAGAAUCUAUAGCAAUACUUAUGAAAGAAACCAAAAUAAAGACGUCAUUAUUAUCAUUAACACUAAAGAACCAAGAAAUAAAAUGUAGUCCGUUCAAUAACUGUUUUAUUAUCAGAGAAAACAAGAACUAAAAACAAAAGAUAGGCGGGAUUUAAUGACAACCUCGACUUUGAUGACAACAGUCACGAAUACCUGCCUUUACAUGCCUUUAAACGUACUUUCAUUCAAGAAAAUGUCUAUUUAAUUCUUUUACAUGGUUGUUCUUUGGUUGAAGACUUCAAUAAAUUCAGACUGUGCAGCUCGGCUGCAUCUCAUGCAAACACGAAACCUUCCAGUUGAUGGCAUGAAAAUUUCGACUUGUAAAAGCCAUCAAACCAGCAUUCGCUCUCUGAUUCUGAGAAUGAAAAAAAUAAAUAAAUAGAGUUGUCAACCUGCUGCCAACCUCAACAGUAUAAUUAAGCUUAUGUUUCAUGGCAAUCAACUCAGAAGAGCUUCAUUCCAAAACACGGUAAAACUCACUGGUAAAUAAAACUACAAAACGAAUGUGUGUUGUCGUUUUCCAAAUAAAGUUCGAAACGGUUUUAAGACAUUAAGACUGAGAAACUGAAGAACCGAAAACUAGAACUACCAUACACAAGCUUGCAAUGAUAACUUUUUCUGUCUUAGUUUCAGCCAGGUUAAGUGAAAAAUGGCAGUCAAAAACUUUGUUUUCAUGAAAGAAAAUCAGUUUACCUGACGCUCAAAUUAGCGAAAAUUACACAAGUUAUUAUCAACUGACCUUUUCUUAAUCUAAUCGGCUAAUUGUUUCAGUGAUCUGUGCCUGGUCAUCAAUAAAAGCAACUUCAAUAACUGCAAAAUAGUCAAAAACACGAGCAGGAUGAAGCACAACAACUGAACCACAAGCUGCACACAGAAUGAAGCUGAGAGCGCGCGGGAGACUAUGAUCUGACUGGAAAGUGUGACUGAAAGAGUGACCGGAAAUGCUCAACCUGGCGCAUGCGUAGACGUUUUGCCGCGGUGUUCCUCCUCAUUGUUUCCCUCGUAGGCUUAUGUCUAGCGUUUUACAAACUUGAAAAGCCUAUACGAACUUCAAAACCUUAUGAAUAAUUUCAUGUAGCACUUUUUCUUCUUAAUUCUCUCGCCAAUUGUCUCUUACUUGAAUUUCAAACGGCUGUCAUGCGUCUCUAAGGACGAUUGGGAGGUUAUGAUUUCAGACAUUAUUUUGGUGUUUUUAGAUUUUCGUAAAUGUCGAACUGUCAUGUCCGGUUGUACUGUUAUUCUGCAUUCUUUUAAGUUCAUAUGUAACGCCAGUUCGUUUUGCUCGUUCUUUUAGCUUACUGCCUUAAUUUCAAGAAAAAUAUCAACGUUAACAACAGACAAAUCUCAAUGGCCGGAAAAAUUGGACGAAAAUGUAUUAGUUGGAAAGAGUAGAAAAGCACCGCACCCGCUAGAAAAACCUUACAAUGGAAUCGAUUAAUCCUAAAAGGGCUUUGUUUGUAUUGUUUACCAUGAUACUGGGUAAAAAUACGAGAAAUAUUUCGACACGAGGCAUUUUUCAGCAACGGAUGUACACGAAGAAAAAGAACUUUUGUGGAAUGAACAAGCUUUUGAAACGAUGCGAUAAUAGAACUGAGAUACCAUUGUGAGCGAAGCUUUACCUUUAGUGGUUCUGCAUUAUUUCAGUAUUUUGUGUUCCUGAGUGUUGCAGGUUUCCUGUCCUUCCUCACGUAUUUAUCUGACCUUGUAAAUUCAGUCUGUAUCAUAUGUAAAAUCAAGCUGAGUUAAAUAAAUCGUCUUGUCUUGUUUUUCUUGAUUACAAAUUCAUUAGAAAUUAUUUGUUGUUCAUUCCAUCAAGGACAAGGACAAGAAGACUGCUCACCCAGCUUCUCAUGAUUAUGCUAUUGUGGAUAAAUCGAAGAAAAAGGAGGCAGAUGAAAAUGCUUAUGCUACCGUUGACAAAUCGAAAAAAUCAAAGAAGGUGGGUAGCGACCAUGUUUUAUACGCUUAUUACUAUUAGAUAAGUUAAUUACAAGAUUUUGUGGCUACAUGACCAGUGCAGUUUCCCUUUAUGCGUGUUUACGACUCAGACUUGUUCAUUUCACCACCACUUAAGCCUCAUUAAUUUUUUAGCUUAAUUGUUUGCAAUUGAAUAAUUUGUUUGUCAAAGUGAUCUCUUCAUUUCAGCUGUACUGAGAAUUUAAUUAGACAAAACGUUGCAAAUUUGUGAUUUUGAAAAAUAUAAAGCUUAGAAAUGAAAUUUGCUUGUCUGAUGUUAACAUGAAUUAAGGGCUCUUUCGGAAAGUAACACCUUGAAAAAGUCAAAAGCACAUACAUCUAGGUUCAAAACCAAGUUGUUUGUGGAAAGCUUCUUGAGUCAUCCCUAAGCUAACCAUUUCUAAGAAGGGUCUUGUUACAGUGCGACUACGGUAACCCGGGGCCACUCGGACAAAGUUGACCAAUCGAAUUACAGGAAAAUAACAGUACAUUCCGAGAGAGUUGGUUGUGGGCCUAUCAGCAGCGCGUACAAAAAACAGUAAGUUACUCGAAGCACAAAGUUGAAAUAUUGAUAGCAAACCGUUUUCAAGAAAGCAAAAUGUUUCCCCAGACAUUGGUUUUCGUUUCGAACCUUUACAUAUAAUACCCAGGAGACAUUAUUUGUUUCACACAAGCUGUUAUCUUGUCAUCUACCAGUUCUUCGCUACCAUUUCCGAGCUUUAAAAUAACAUGCGACCUCAGGUCAAAAUUAUAACUGACGUUUACGCUUUUUGCCUCCGUCACUCACUCUAACUGACGUAUCAGGAAACUCUGGCUUUCUUCAGCGGGUUCAAAAGGUCAUGUAUGCAAGUUGUGAUUCGUUGAUUUCGAUCCAUGUUGUUCAUUUCGUUUCGUGCAUGGUAAUUAUGAUUGACAACUAACUUUCUCCCAAUGUAUUGUUAUUUUCCUGUACAGUGAAACCUGUAUUAAGCGGACACCCUCGGGGCAUGCUGUAGUGUCCGCUUAAUACAGGGUGUCCGCCUAAUACAGGUUUCGAUAGAAAACGUCAUAUGAGGUGUCAAAUGCCAUUCAAAUGAACAGUGGAAAUGUUAAGAAUACUCCCAGAGACUAUGACAAUAUACGUUUGCAUUCGUUUCUUUAUCAAAGUGGACCAAUUGAUCAUAGUACCAUAAACAUAGAUUGCAACUCAAAUUUGAAGAAAUCAGAUGAGUGGAACAAGCUCUACACAAACAAAACGAAAUAGAAAACAAUACUGCACUGUGAAACUAAUCAAACACGUUCGUCAAGUCACGUUUUUUUAAUGUAAAAAUCGAAAAAGUUGUGGGUGGCAAUUGGAGACAAUCUUUCGCAUCUGGCAUGUGGGGUGGUGGAAUUUGAUUACAAGUGUCCGUUUAAUACAGGUUGGUGACAAUAGAAAUUAUCAUUUCAGGUACUUUUUAGGUGUCCGAGUCCGCUUAAUGGAGGUGUCCGCUAAAUAAAGGUUUCAUUUAAAGUAAAUAAGGGAAAUAGAUUUUGGGACUUCGGCUACUGCAGGGCUCGAAAUUGCGCCUGUAUCGGGCGCAUUUGCGAAUAAAGAUUUCGCUUUGCGACUAAAAUUUCUCCAUUGGUAGCGAUUUUGCGACCGUUUUACAGCCUAGCUUAUAAAUAAAUUAUAUUUAACAGCCUUGUGUCUUACUUAUUACUAUAGUUUUAUCCGAAAAAUCCUGCGAAAUUCAAGUUAAAUGUUGCAUGACUUUUAUCGUUGAUCUCUUGCUGAGAAACGUAUCGCGGGCGCACUUUUUCAAACUACGUCGUGCAACGCUCAUGAAAUUUCUCGGAAAUCUUCGUUUCUAAUUUCCGGUUCCGGUAGAAGUACUUGUCUUUGCUUCACAAUGUAUGCAAAUGACCAGGAAUUAUCCGCUUUUAAUGGUUUUCUUAGCAGAGGCAAAGAGAAUAUUCACGAGAAAGCUAGACAUAUUCAGAAACGAGAUUAGAGCUGCAAGUGAUCUUAUUCUUCAAAAUCUUCCUCGCGAUGACUUCGCCACGUGUUUGAUCACAGCAGAUGUCUACCAGGUCAAAGGCGAAUGUUUUUCUGCGAUCAAAGUUACGGCAAACGGAGACUGCUUGUUUAACUCCAGUUCAAUUCUUCUACACGGGAAUGAAUCUCUCGCAAUAUUGUUGCGCCUCUUACAUUUAAUGCGCAGUUUUAUUUUAUUGCUCUUCUGUUUGGAGCAAUACUACUCA